AUGCCAUCUUCCCCUGGCGAUGAUGCCCUAGACAAAGCUGCUUUCGGCCCGCUGCUUUCUAUUCCUGAAGCCUCUCUGAUUCAACUAGCAAUCAACAUCAGAUUUCGAGUCUUCUCUUCCGAGACGUCGAGAGCUACACUCAACGCUCGUAUAGGCGGAUCGUAUAACCUCGUCCACAUUCUCCAGCUCGACAACCUCAAACUCGUGAUACGUGGGCCAGCUACAGGAUGGGGAGAUGGUAUGACUGAUGUUGCGGCACGAGCCCUCGAAUCUCAAGUUACAACCCUGCGUCUCAUCGCAAGCGAGACGUCAAUCCCAUGUCUCUCCGAGUGCAUGGCGCAGUUGUCGCGAUUCCGCUUCCAGAAGAUUGGCUCGCUGCACGCAAUGGAAGAUGGAUCAAGUUCCGUCGGUCCAUGCUACGAGUAUCGUGGAAAUGAUGACGGCACCCUUCGCGCUGUGGCAUUCGGCCCGUUCGACAAUGCGGCUGCCUACCUCAAAGACCGGAGGGCAGAGGACUCUGAGGACGCCACCGGAAUCGGACGGAUGCUUCUGCGGGCGCUUUCUCGAGUUGGCAGCCAGAGGUCGCCUUUACUGAGGCGCCGUGCCGGCGUACAUGGCUUGUCAACGACCCCGCGACGAACCCAAACCCGUUCGGCGAAUACCGCAGCGGCCGUCCUCACGCCUUCCGGAGAUCGAUCAGCAUGGAACCAAUUUGUAGCGUCAGGAACCGAACGUGUGUCAGUGAAGGGUGGGACGACCUCCAACCUGUUUUCGAACAGGAAUUCCGCACCCGGUUGGAAAGCCAAGCUAGCAGCUCCGAAUGAGCUUCGUAAAGACUUAUGGGACCGCCGCAAACCCUCCAAGAGCAAGAAGGCUCCGCCUCACGAGCAUGGAAAUGAGGCCUCUUGGGAGAAAAAGAAGGAGAAAAAGAAGACCCAACGGGCGCCAAGGAUCUUCGAGAAGCAGGACCGCGGCGGACUAGAAAAGGGGGCCGACUGCAAGAAAACCCCGAGUUCCAUACUCAUGCGCCUUCUCGACAACAACGGAAAGACCUUGAGCGACGACGAAUUUACCAGCACAGCGCGGUUUAUCCACCAUUACCCACGACUCAGGUUACCCGUCGUACUUUCGAAGCUUCUCCUCGCCAGGGAUGAACGGUUCCAUAAAUACAAGACUAGGGAGGAAAUUCUGGCCGAGGCAGAAGCUGGCUGGUUCUGCCGUACUGAUGUCGAGCAGUGGGAGUGGAUAAUACAGGGGCGCAACUCGGAUGUCAUAGCCGAGCGAUUUGUUUCCUCCGACUCUGUGCACCCGAUAUCGCUUCUAAGCCUAGUGCUGCGGCCAAACGCCGUCUUUACCAAGAGGUCCUCCCUCGAAGGCUUGCUGAGGUAUAUGGCAAAGUGGCAUGCAACAGGCGAUGGCUCCUUUAAAAACGGCGUCCAGCCCGCCGCAUUCCUGAUUCCCAUGCGGAGAUUUGCCCUCCACUGUUGCAGGGUAUGGCCCGAUCUCAUUCCGGCGCUCGCCCGCGUUGCGGCAGCACACAUCCAAGACAGCAUUCCAAACGCCCUACCGAAGAACAAAGUCUACAACGAACAGCGGAAAGCCUUCAACGAGUAUCUUCAGAUGUUUGCCUCGGCACCGGACCGCUCGGGACGUCGAUACAUGGAGUUUAUCUGGGAGGCUCAGAGGGUCCUUCUUGCCAUGUCGAACGGGCUGGAGCGGCCGCUUAUGCUGGAGAAGAAGAGUUUCGAUGCCAUUCGUAUUGUGCUCGUGGGAUUGGAGAAGACGCCGAUCGAGCGUGAUGAAGCUACGAGGUGGGGGAAGACGUGGCCUCCUUUCAAGGUCAUUCGGGAUGGUUUGGAUGAGGUGAAGGAUGCAGGCGACGACUUUACUCGGGCCGUUAAGGCGGGUCUAACGAUGGAAGAGGCCGGCCAUGCGAGAGAACCAGUGGAUGCUGUCAUUGAUACUCUUGCGGGUGUAGCACCGGAUGGGUCGCCUACCAUACAGACCCGUGCCAAUUUGGCUGGGUUGGUACGCCGCAAAGAGGGCAAGAUAGGCGCGGAAGAGGUAUGGGCAACGCGGGUUCGCACGACCAGGAACCCGCAUGAGGCGUGGACAGCAUUUCAGCAUCCGCCGGACCCGUCGUGUCGAAGAAACCACCAGGUGUAUGGUGAGCUGUUUGCGAAGUUGACAGCCAGGACGCCCGAAAAUGAAGGUUAUCUCCCGGGGGACGGUCGACAUGUGGUGGAGGUGCAUAUUCCAAAUUUAAGUGACUUUGAGAGGGCUAGGAUUCAGCCGCCUACGGUCACACAACUAUACGAUCAGAUGCUCCAGGAAGGAGUCAAACCCGAGGGGCACUGUCUGGUGGUGCUGCUCCGGAGUGCGUCUCACUUGCGGCAGUUCCAGAAAUAUCUACACGACAGCACGUUAGACCCGGAUAUCACGGAAUGGUUCGCUGAUAGGUCGGACAUGGACCUCUCCAAGAUAUUCGAUCGCAUGCCGUUUGGAGUCUUCCAAGCAUACAUCUCGCUCCUCUGUCAGCUACAUCCUCGUGCCGUGACCGUCCAACCUCCUUCAGAGUUCAACGAUCAAAUCACCGAAGCGAUCCAGCUAGUAACGCAAUUCUCCAGCCUGGCGCGCACAGAAAGCAGACAACCUAUCAACACGCGGCCGUUAUGGAAUCUGCUCCUCGACCGCCUUAGCAAGCCUCGAGGAGUUUACGUCGCCGAGCACGUGCCGUAUAAGCGGGAGUAUGCCACGUUGCUUUUGUACUGCGACGUGCUCUCUGCGGCGAGGAAUAUGUGCGCGCUGGAUUGCGACAUGUUCUUUUUCACGGCUAGGGCCAUCUCGAAUGCGAUGCGUCCUCACUUUAGCCAGCAUUUACGGCCGGAGAACGAACCGGAAAAGACUGGAAAGCCCGAGAAGAAAGAGCCAGGAGAACCGGUGAUCCUAAGCAUAGCCGAGGAGCUGCGCCGCGGACAGAACGACCCGGAUACAGACUUUGUGCGCUGGGCACAGCAAUUAAAGGGCGGGGCAGCAAUAAAUCUGGAGACCUUGAUCGGAUCCAUGGCCCGCUUCCUCGCCGCCUCCUUCGACGAGCUCUCCUCGGACGUCGCCCCCCUCACCGGCCCUGACGGCACCUCGUGGCCCAUGCCAUCGACCUACCAACGCCCCCGUGGCAUGGAAGCGCACAUCUACAUGCAGACCCUCGCCCAUCUCCUCGACUACAGGGGCAUGCUCCGCCUACUGGAGUGGAUAGCCGACGAGUGGACCCGCGUCGUCGACGAGAAAGAGUCAGGGCCUGCGCUAGAGAAGAACCGGUUCCAUCUGCGCAGGGCGGUGUGUGCGUUCCGGGCGCUGGCGGAGCGGUUCGUGCCCGAGGAGGAGCUGGCGUCCGUGAAGAGUCGGUUGGUGGAGGCGGAUGGGUGGCCGGGGCAGGGGGAGGUGAAGUAUUAUCUCGAGGCGAAUUGGCCCUCGCAGGAGGUGGGGGUGGUUUCGGGGAGGUUGGGGUUUGCGAGGGUGGCGGGAAGGGAAUACUGGAGUGAGGGCGCGUAG